AUGAUGCCACGAAGAUUGCUAUUGCUUGCCUCUUUGUUUGCCGCGGUAACGGCUCACGAGGCGAAAGUAUUGUCUAAAUCGCAUGAUCAGCAAAAGGGGCAUGCUGCCAUUGAAGAAGAAUUGAGACAUGACCGUUUGCAAAAACCAGAACAUGCCAUUCCGUUGGGCGAAGAGGAAGGAGAUGAUGUAGAAUCUUUCACCUGUACUUUGACUGGGGCCUCUGGCAAGGAUGUGUGUGAUGGUACCAAGGAUGAUGAUGGCACUGGAUGUGUCUGGUGUAUUCUGAACAGCUUUGGGUUUUGCUGCAGCGAGGAACAAGCGCAGACAUUCAAACAGGCAAUUCCAACUAUUGACUGCGACGACAGCAGCGAUGAUGACAAGGCACCGCCUGCACCCGAUGACGACAAAGCCCCAGGACCGCUAUGGGAAUGCCUCGAAUCAAAGGACGAGACUGCAUGUGGAGCCGAAUAUGAUGACGAGGAUACCGAAGACGUUGACGAAGCUGCCUCCCGUGACGCCACAAACGAGGAAGGAGACGAUGAAGACUAUGACGACGAAGAGGAACAAGACGAAGAAGCAGAACAAGAUGGAGAUUAUGAAGAUGGAGAUGAGGAAGAAGACGAUAUGCACGAGUUUGUCGUCGAUACUUCUUGUGUUCUCUCCGCAAUGCUCUUGGAUCCAGAUGAUGACGAAGCUACAUCGGAAGCUGCUUGCUUCCAGGCUCGCGAUAUCUCUGGCAAUCCAUGUGAAUGGUGUGCAGUCGCUGGAAGCCCAUUCCGCCUUUGUCUCAGUGAAUCCCAAGCUCAAGUGGCCGAGUAUGUCGGUGCUGUCUGCACUGGCAGUGAUGAAUCCUUCGAACCUGAAGAGUUUGAUGAUUCGUGCAUUGCCCACAUGCACGAGGACAGUGGACUGACGCACCAAGGAUGCUGGAAACACAUGGACUUGGAUGGAAAUGGUUGUGAAUGGUGCAAUAUUAUGGGUGUCGAACUUUGCCUUGGAGGUGUCCAAGCCGAAUUGGUUGAGCACUGGGGUGCUACUUGUGUCAUGGAUGAUUCAGAACACAAAAUGGCUCAAGAAGCGAUCCAACAACACCAAGAAUAUAUCCACGCCCAGAAGGAAGCCAAGCGAAUCGAGCGUGCAGCAAAGGGCAUCCCAGAAGAAGAGGUUCAAGAAGAGGAGGAGGACUUGGAUAUUGACUCUCUGUGGUUGACCUCUGAUACUUCUUGUAUGGUUACCACUCUACGCACUUCCAGUAGUGAUGACAGUGAACUUGCUUGCGCUCAAACUCAAGAUGCAAAAGGAAACCCGUGCAACUGGUGUGAAAUGGGAACCAGCUUCAACAUGUGUCUCAAUGAGGAACAGGCUGAAGUUGCCGAAUAUAUGGGCAUUGAAUGUGAAACUAUCUCGACGGACGCCCAGCAAAUCUUGAAGGAACAUGCAGCUCGUAGCCAAGAGUACGCAGACGAGGAUGAAGACGAGGAAGAGACAGACGAGGAGAAUGAUGCUGAGACAGCUGAAGAAGAAGAAGAAGAAGACGAUGUUGGAGACUUUGACACGAGCUGCAUCUUGUCAAUGCAGAAUGGCCCGAGCAAGGACGCUUGCACUGCCACCAAGGACGCUGAUGGAACAGCCUGCGAAUGGUGUUCAUGGAACUCCUUCCAAAUCUGUUUGACGGAUGAACAAGCCGAGUUUGUCAAGCCAUUUGGCGGCACAUGUGAUGAAGAGGUGAACGAAGAACUGUCCGAAACUGACAUCGCAGAGGCCAAGGCUGUCAAGGAAGAAUUCUGGAACUGCAUUCAACACACUGGCGCAGGAGUUGAAGCAUGUGCCUCUACCAAAGCAAACGCAUGCACUUGGUGCAACACACAGGCUGGAGCUGGUGUCUGCUUUUCCUACGAAGCUGUUGUUGCGGUCAACGGCAAUGAGUUCUUCGACUGCAUAAUCGAUUCGGAACAACAUGCCGCUGCGAGGAAUCCCCAAGAUGGACCGAAGGUUGACACAUCUUGUCUCAUCGACGCAGGACGAUUCGGAGAUGAAGAGAAAUGUGAGUCCGGCAAAGAUUCCGUUACAGGCAAGCCUUGCGAGUGGUGUCAACUAGGUAGCCUUGGUGUCAAUGCUUGUCUGUCGGCUGAGCAAGCCAACCUGGCUCUACCAUUGGGAGUUACCUGCAAGGGCAAAGAAGCCAUUUCAGCGCCUGAAGGAGACGCAGCUCCGCUCUUUCAGUCUCUCCCGAAUGACUUCUUGCCUUGUCUGUCCCAGAGCUCGUCCGUGGAUGUGUGUGACGAGUCUUGCACUUGGUGUGACUUGAAGGGAAGUACUUCAGGCGCUGGUUUGUGCUUGUCAGAUCCUGUUGCCGAUGCUGUUGGCUACCUCACAGGGGAGUCUAUUCUUGAUUGCACGGAACCCGAAGAAGAAGAUUCACCAGACGCAGAAGAAACCACAGCAAAUGUUGUUCUCGGAGGUAAAGAGGAAGCUGUGGACCCCAGUGUUGCGUAA